GGAAGUGCCCGGAUGCAGCGGGAGGAGGUGCUGCCGCCAUAUUUGCCCGGAGAGCAGCGAGCUGGUAGCUUCUGAGCCCCCCAGACCCAUCGCCUUCCAUCCGCCCCGUGCAGUCCCCGACGCCGCCCCGCCUGCAGGACAUGGACGAUCGGGAGGACCUCGUCUAUCAGGCCAAGUUGGCUGAGCAGGCUGAGCGCUACGAUGAAAUGGUUGAAUCAAUGAAGAAAGUAGCUGGAAUGGAUGUGGAGUUGACAGUGGAAGAAAGAAACCUGCUUUCUGUUGCAUAUAAAAACGUGAUUGGAGCCAGAAGAGCUUCCUGGAGAAUAAUCAGCAGCAUUGAACAGAAAGAAGAAAACAAAGGUGGAGAAGACAAAUUAAAAAUGAUUCGGGAAUAUCGGCAAAUGGUUGAAACUGAACUGAAGUUAAUCUGUUGUGACAUUCUGGAUGUACUGGAUAAACACCUCAUUCCAGCAGCUAACACUGGCGAGUCCAAGGUUUUCUAUUACAAAAUGAAGGGGGACUACCAUAGGUAUCUGGCUGAGUUCGCCACAGGCAAUGACAGGAAGGAGGCUGCAGAGAACAGCUUGGUGGCUUACAAAGCUGCUAGUGAUAUUGCAAUGACAGAACUCCCACCAACACAUCCCAUCCGCUUAGGACUUGCGCUCAACUUCUCUGUAUUCUACUAUGAAAUUCUUAAUUCUCCUGAUCGUGCCUGCAGGUUGGCAAAAGCAGCUUUCGAUGAUGCUAUUGCAGAACUGGAUACACUGAGUGAAGAAAGCUAUAAGGACUCUACACUUAUCAUGCAGUUGUUACGUGAUAAUCUGACACUAUGGACUUCAGACAUGCAGGGUGAUGAUUCCUAAAGGAAAGUCCAACUGUUCAUUUCCUAAAAACUCUACUUUGUGAAGAACAGAAUAAAGAAGCGCUGCAGGAUGUGGAAGAUGAAAACCAGUGAGACACAAAAGGCCAACAAGAGAACCCAUCUCUGACCACCCUUCCCCUUCCCCACAAAAACCCUCAGUGUCACUCUGAGAACCACCAAAUCUGACUUUUACAUUGGGUCUCAGAAUUUAGGUUCCCCCCCCGUUGGGUUUCUUUUUUCUUUUUUUUUUCUUUUUUUUUUUUUCUUUUUUUUUUCUUUUUUUUUUAAUUUUAUUUUUUUUUUUACACAGUUUAAAAGUUCUUAAAGGCAAGAGUGAAUUUCUGUGGAUUUUACUGGUGCCAGCUUUUAGGUUCUUUAAGACACUAACAGGACUGAGUAAAGGCUCUUUCAGCAUUACUGUAUUUUCUCCUGCCAGGCGUGGCGAGGUUGCCAUUAGAAGUGGAUGUUCCACCUGAGGGCCCUUAGACUUGUAGGGGAAAGAGGAUUGUUAUGGCAAGGUAGAGCACAUAUGGUGGCAUUUUUCUUCUUUUUUCUUUUUUUUUUUUUUUUUUUUAUAACUGUUUAAACUGAAUUUUAUACCAAUGUUUAAACUUAAUUGGGUGUUUAGCUUGAAGUUACAGGUUGCAUUGGGACAUAUAUUGUAGUGGUUUUACUGUAUAAAAAAACCAAAAGUUUCCAAACUGCUGAAAUGUUGCUGAACAUCAUGGUGCUGGUAACAGUUCAACAAUCCGUGGCUGCUCAUUCUUGCCUAUUCUUUACUUUUCCUCAAAGCAGGUUAGCAUUGAAGGUGGCAUUGAUAAGCCUGCAUGCGUGUUCAAUAUUUUUUCUUUCUCCCUCCCCUUGCCCCAUCUCCCUUCGCUCGCUCAACCUCUUUUGUUCAGUAUGUGUAACUUGAAGCUAAUUUGUACUACUGGAUAUCUGACUGGAGCCACAGAUACAGAAUCUGUAUUGUUCUUACUGAAACACAGCAUGGAAUUAACAUUAAACUUAAAUAAAACAAACCUAAAUUAAAAAUGCCAAA